UAACAGGUAGAAAUAAAGAGUAUUAACGGGAACAUCUACAGUACGGUAAUAACUUUCACAAUGAAAUCUGAAGCCAAGGAUGGAGAGGAGGAGAGUCUACAAACUGCUUUCAAGAAGUUAAGAGUGGAUGCAUCAGGGUCCAUAGCAGCUCUGUCUGUUGGAGAAGGCACAGGUGUCAGAACAUCAGUCAGAUCGGUAGCAGAUGAUACCAAACCUAAAGCUGCAUGUACAUCUAAAGACAGUUGGCAUGGGUCUACAAGGAAAUCAUCGCGAGGAGCAGUGAGAACCCAGCGUCGCCGUCGUUCCAAGUCUCCUGUCCUUCAUCCUCCAAAGUUUAUUCAUUGCAGUACAAUAGCGUCUUCUUCCAGCAGCCAGCUCAAGCUCAAAAGCCAGACUGACUCCCCUGAUAGCAGCAGUGGGCUGGGAAUUUCAAACCCUAAAGAGUUCAGCGCAGGAGAAAGUUCUUCUCUCGAUGCUAAUCACACAGGGGCAGUCGUUGAGCCUUUGGGAACUUCCAUUCCAAGGCUCCCAUCAGAGAAUAAAAAGGAAGACUCCUCUGAUGCCACCCAAGUCUCCCAAGCAAGUCUCAAGGCCAGUGAUCUCUCUGACUUUCAGUCUGUUUCCAAGCUAAACCAGGGCAAGCCAUGUGCGUGCGUAGGCAAGGAGUGCCAGUGUAAGAGGUGGCACGAUAUGGAAGUGUAUUCCUUUUCAGGCCUGCAGAAUGUCCCCCCCUUGGCCCCAGAACGAAGAUCUACGCUUGAGGACUACUCUCAGCCGCUGCACACCAGAACUCUGUCUGGCUCUCCCCGCUCCUGUUCUGAGCAAGCGCGAGUCUAUGUGGAUGAUGUGACCAUUGAGGACCUAUCAGGCUACAUGGAGUAUUACUUGUAUAUUCCCAAGAAGAUGUCGCACAUGGCAGAAAUGAUGUACACCUGAUAGCAAGAAGCUGCUUCACGGGCUCUAAACCAAUGAAGGGUUGUCAGAGAUUAGUUAAUGGCAGACCUUACGGCCACUUUGUGUGAGAAGACAUCUCUUUCUGCUCACUGUGCUUGCAAUAAAAACUUUCCUGGCAUCUCAGUUAAUCUUCAUUCUUUAAACUUACUUUCUGAGUUCUUACAAACACAUCAAGGCAAGCAGAUCAAAGAAAAAGCCCUCUCAUUUAGAAAUGUUCCCCGGGGGAUGAAGAAACAGUAAUUACUUGAGACUGGCAACAGUGGUAUAUGGUAAAAGCCUUUGUAAAACAGUGCAUUUUCCAGAUCUGUUUAAGAUUUGGCAGCCAAGGAAAAUCAAGUAGGGGUUUGUAACUGGACUGAACAUUUGUCAUGCUGUCGUUGCCAGCCCAGAAUGUUAGAAGUUAUGAGACUAGUUUAAACCAUCUCUGAUUUAAGGCAGUUUAUUGUGUGUUUAAUGGUUUCUUCUGUUAUUGUUAAGCCAGAGAUCUAAGGUUUAGAUUCAAUUUGAAUAAAAUAGCUGGCCUUCCCUGUA